AUGCUUCACGGUAAAAGUUUAUGUAUAGUCGGCGGUACAGGUUAUUUAGGAUCUGCAAUAGCCCGUUAAGCUUUUUAUUUAGGAGCCAAAGUAUCAAGCAUAUCUCGAUCAGGUGCUCCCAAACAACUCCAAGAAUGGCAAAAGAACAUAGAAUAUAUUCAAGCAGAUGCCUCAAAUCCAGAUUCAUUUGAAGUCUAAUUAUUAUAAUCAGACGCAACAAUAUAUACAAUAGGUACAUUAAUAGACACUUCAAUAACGAAGAGAAGUAACCCCGGAGAACCAGGUACAUAUGAGCAUUUAAAUAGAGAUUGUGCAAUGAAAAUAGGCAACAAAUUAAAUGAUUUUUCUGUUCAAAAAAAAUUAGUUUAUUUAAGUGCUUAAGGUCAUCCUCCUUUUAUUCAUAGAUAUAUAGAAACUAAAGAAUAAGCUGAAAAAUAUCUAUUAGAUUUAAAUAAUGUGAAAACUUGUGUUUUAAAACCAGGUUUCAUUUAUAGUUAUUAAGAAAGAAAAUGGAGUAUCCCUUUAAAAUACACUUUAGAUGCUUGGGGGUGUAUUCAUUCAUUUAUUGGAAAAAGUAUACCUUAAAAUACUUUAAUGAAUUAAUUAUAUAAUGAAUUAUAUGUCGAGAAAUCUAUUUAAUUAGAAGCAGUGGUUAAUGCAGCUAUUUAUUCCGCUUUACAUGAAUCUAGUAAUGGAAAAAUUUGGUUUAAUUCUGAUAUGGAAAAGUAUUAAGAUAGACUUUAAGAUUUGAAGGAUUAAUGAAGUUUUUAUGU